UAUUUGGUGAUUUAGGACAGCUUUUAUUUUUUCGCAUUGGAUAGUAGAAGUUGUACAAGCUGAGGACACCUUUUUGUGUCAGGAUGGGAGACAAAGGAUUUCCAUGGCUUCGUCUGAUCUUCUGCUUUUCUUCCUUUAUUGUAACGCUGCACCUCGUUCAUGGAGACCUGAGUUAUUCUAUUCCAGAAGAAAUGAAACGCGACUCUGCUAUUGGAAAUCUAGCCAAAGAUCUCGGUCUUGAUCUGAGGACCUUAUCUUCCCGAAAGGCUCGUGUUGAUUUUGAGGGGACUCGUAAACGGUACUGUGAUAUUAAUCUGAAUACUGGAGAGUUGGUCACAUCGGAGAGAAUGGACAGAGAAAGCCUUUGUAGCAAGAAACCCUCGUGUGUUGUGAAAGUAGAUCUAGUGUUAGAAAAUCCUCUGGAGCUUCAUCGACUAAAUCUUCAUGUUCAAGAUGUAAACGACAACUCGCCAAAAUUCAAUGACAAUCGGAUUAAAAUGGAAAUAAGGGAGUCAGCUGAAAAGGGUAACCGCUUCUCUAUCGAGGAGGCCCAUGACGCAGAUAUAGGUCAAAAUGCUGUUCAAAGGUACAGCCUACAAAAGAACGACAACUUUAUUCUCGCUGUUGACAGCAACAAGGUUGAACUCGUACUAGAUAAUAAACUGGAUCGAGAGAACCAAAGUGAGAUUAAUUUGCUUCUCACAGCUCUAGAUGGUGGCUCUCCUCAGAGAUCAGGUACUGUAGUCAUACACGUCACUGUACUGGAUGCUAAUGAUAACGCCCCAGUGUUUAGCCAGGCCGUUUAUAAAGCCAGUCUGCCUGAGAACUCUCCUCCAGAUACCAUAGUGAUUAAUGUUAGUGCUACUGACGCAGACGAAGGAGUGAAUGGAGAUGUGACAUAUCAGUUUGGCCACCUAUCUGAGGAUGAUAUAAAUAUUUUCUCAAUUGAUUCUAAAACGGGACAAAUUAGAGUAACUGGAGUGACUGACUUUGAAGAAAGGAGUUCUUUUGAAAUGAGAGUGAAGGCUAAAGACGGUUUAGGGCUAACCUCGUAUUCCAAAGUAAUAAUAGAUGUUACUGAUACGAAUGAUAAUGCUCCAGUUAUAUAUCUGAAAUCGCUGACUAACCCCAUACAUGAGAACGUGUCACCUGGUACAGAGGUGGGCAUCGUUAACGUGCAGGAUCGAGACGAUGAGAAUAACGGACAGGUCCGCUGCUCCCUUCAGCAAGGCGUCCCUUUUAAGUUGGUUCCUUCUAUCAAAAACUAUUAUUCUCUGGUGACCACAGGACAACUGGACCGUGAACUAGUGUCUGAUUACAACAUUACAAUCACUGCCACUGACGAGGGCUCUCCACCUCUGUCCUCCUCUAAAACUGUUCAGUUAUCUGUAGCAGACAUCAACGACAACCCACCUGUGUUUGAGGAACAGUCGUACAGCGCAUAUGUGACUGAAAAUAACAAACCUGGCUCCACUUUAUGUUCCGUUACUGCUCGAGACCCCGACUGGAGACAAAACGGUACAGUGAUUUAUUCUCUGUUACCCGGUGAGGUGAACGGUGCCCCGGUGUCCUCCCAUCUCUCUUAA